AUGUCGGACUCGCGAGUACCGGUGACGGUUCUCACUGGAUUCCUGGGAUCUGGAAAGACCACACUUUUAAACCACAUCCUCGCGGAUGCCAGCCACGGCCUCCGCUUCGCGAUUAUUGAGAAUGAGUUCGGGGAGGUGGGCGUGGAUGAGAAGCUCAUUGCCAACAAGACCAGUUCAGAAGUGAUUGAAGUGAUGAAUGGAUGCAUUUGUUGCACGGUGCGCAGCGAUCUGGUGAGCGCCCUGAAACGCAUGCACGGGAAGGUGAAGCAGUUCGACGCGGUGCUCAUCGAGACCACUGGUAUGGCGGAUCCGGCACCAGUGGCCCAGACCUUUUUCGUGGAUGAGGAGAUCCAGGCCAAGUACCGUUUGGAUGGCAUCGUCACCAUGGUGGAUGCCGCCCACAUCGAGCAGCACUUGGAUGAGGAGAAGCCGGAGGGCGCAGAGAACGAGUCGGUGGAACAACUAGCCUUUGCUGAUCGCAUCAUCCUGAACAAGUGCGAUCUGGUGGGGGGCACUGCGAGGACCGAGGUGGGUGAGAGGCAGCAAUGUCAAGAUGUGCAAGCUUCUCAGCCGGUUGGUGGAAGCUCGGUAGUUCAGGCUGAAGAAAAGGAGGAGGCGCUAAGCAAGUUGGAGGCCAGGAUCCGGAGCAUCAAUGCAGGGGCUCCCAUCAUCCGAGCCGAGUUCUCCAAAGUGGAUCCCAAGCAAUUGCUGAUGCUGAAUGCCUUUGAUUUGGAUCGAGUACUGACCAUGGACCCAGAGUUCUUGAAGGCAAGUCCUGAUGAUCAUGUGCAUGAUGACUCCAUCUCCAGUGUAGCUUGGUCAGUCCCCGGGCUUGAGUUGAAUGUGAACUUCUUGGAUCAAUGGAUCGGUGUCCUCCUCCGUGAGAUGGGUACUGAUCUCUUCAGAUACAAGGGGGUACUGGCAGUGAAGGGAUGUGCUCAGAAGUACGUGUUCCAGGGCGUCCACAUGCUCUUCAGCGGUGGUUUCACCUCAUCCAAGGAGGGCGAAUGGGCGCCGGGGGAGCAGCGCGAGUGCCGCUUCGUCUUCAUCGGGAAGCACAUCAAGCAGAAGCAUGGCCAGCGGUUGAAGGAAGAAUUUCUGGCUUGCGCUGCAGAGGGGAGCCUCCGCUUCAAUGUUGGUGAGAUAGUUGAAGCCAGGGGUCCCAAUGGUUGGGAGCCUGCCAAGGUGAUCAAGCUCUGGGAUGAGGGAAACCCCUACCGCUUAGAGAUUCAGGACAAGCGCAAGACCAAUGCACUCCUGAUGUCACUGGGUGUGGCUGGAGCCGCCGUGACGGCCUUGGCGGAGAGUGAAGGCAAUGAGCCUUCACAGCAUGGGCAUUUGUGGCUCGGUGUUUUGAUGUGUUGCUUGGGUGACCUCGCUGCUGCGACCACGCUCAUCCUCGCAGCCGCCUUCAGCAGUACCUUGAAACCACCCCUCACGCCCUUGGACACGGUCUUUUACACAGCCUUGCCUUGUGCUUUGGCGCUGCUGCCGGCCUCGUUGUACGCCUCGCAUCCCAUCAACUGGCCGGAUUCGGGGACCCUCACCGACUGGCAGGUCUACCAGAGAGUGCAUCAGCUGAGCCCCGGCACCAUCUUCCUCGUGAUCUUUUCGGGCGUGGUGUCCGCUGGCUACAACUUCAUCCAGUACACCGUGGUGCAGACUCUCUCAGCGACCCACGCCGCCUUCGCUGGGAACUUCAACAAGGCGGCAACGAUCUCCUUGUCCAUGUGCCUGGGCUUGGAGAUCCUUCCCAGUGGCCGGUGGAGCUCCGUGAUGAUCUUGGGCAUUUGUGGAAACAUCUUGGCCUUCACGCUCUGGAGCUAUCUACAAGCGCUUCGAAUGCAGAAGGAGGCUGCGCUGGCAACCCUGCUGCGGGCGGCUGCAGAAGCAGAGCUGGAUACCGAGGAUGCCCGGUACAAGCUUUGCGAACUCACCGACUACAAUCCGAUGGCGGCCUUCCGCGCGGUCCAGGGUCCCAGCUCCAAAGGAUGGCUCAGCGCCAGUGACCUUCACUUGUGGCUUUCAUCACAACCACAUCCAGUGGCAGGCUAUGUGUUGGAAGACGUCUUGGCCACCAUCAAGCUCAGGACUGGAACCAUGGAGAUCUUUCCUGAGGACUUUGUGCGAAUGACCACGCCAACCUUUCGCUCCAGCGGCUGGCUGAAGGAGCUCUCCCUCGCCCGCAGCAGCAAGUGGGAGAGGAUGGGCCUUUUGCCGGAGGUGACCUACAGGCUUUGCCAGGUCUUCCUCUUGGAGCUGGACUUUGUGAGCCGCUUGCGUUUUCACCAACGACACCUCCGCCAGGCCGCCCUCUCUGGCAAUGUGAUCAUGAAGUACUUGGAUGCUGACGAAGGAUUCUGCGCAGGCAUGGGCGGCCUGCUUUGCAAUUCUGCCGUGCGGAAUGUGCUCAUGCGGGGCGUGCCGGGCUACGCGCGGCCCAUGGAGCCCUUGCUUUGCGAUGCCCUAAUGAAGCGGAUUAAUCCCAGUGAUGCGGCCUUCUUUCCGGCUGACGCCUUGGCACGGCUCCUGGACAUCCCACUGCCUGCGGCCACGACCUACACCUGGGUGGAUCAGGUGGAGCGCACGCCACUUCGGGACAGCUUCGAAAUGCGCACGCGCAGCCCCGUCCAAAGCCCUCGCCGUGCCAGUGCCUCCAGUCCUACCGGACCCAGAGCUUCCAGUCCACCACGGCUCUCCUACGACAGCCCCAUGCGGCUCUCCUACGGCAGUCCUCGACGCGCCUACAGCCCUGCGCGCUACGAGCCCGUCUCUCCAGUGCGCAGCCCCGCAAGCCCAGUGACGCCAUUGCCCGACUACUUGGUGCCCGACCGUCGGCCUCAACGGCACCAGGGGAAACGACUCUAUGAGAGCUGGGCCACUCCAUCGCCCAAGUCUCCCUUGAGGGGCAGUGGAACCUACUUGUCGGAGCUUUCAACGCAGGACCCUGGACUCUCCUUGGAGCGCUUGGAGCGUUCCUCCCGAGACCUGGAGAGCUUCCUCCCCAGCCGCGAGAGUCGCGAGCUGCGCGAGAGUCGUGAGCUCCGUGAGAGUCGUGAGUUGCGAGGCUCCUUCCUUCGCGAGUCGAGCUUGGACCGCUACAAGGGAGGCCUUUCUACCUCCUUCUCACCCAGCGGCUCACCAAUCCUGGGCAGCCCCAGCCGCGCCUUGUCGCCCAAGCCGAAACACUUCCUGGACCUUCGCGAACAACGAGCUUUGGAGCAGACCUUGCUGGUGAUGUCGCGCAUCGCCAAGCUGGACAGCCAGGUUGAAGAUCUGAAGUCACUGCUGCCCACCUGUUGCACCGUCGAGGAGAUCGUCACGGAGCUGGACACCAUGCGCGCGGGCUAUGUGAAUCUGAGCGACGUGCGGCGCUUCAUGUUUGGCUUUGGAGUGACAGUGAAGUAUGCCAGCUUCACCACCAUGGUGAACGAGAUCCACAUGCGCCGCAAGAUCUUCACCCAACAUUCCCUCAAAGGCUCCUUCAUGUUGCCCGACUCUUUGGACUUCCGUGAUAUGGCCGUGCUCACGCUGCCUUUGACCAGCGAGGCAUGCCAGGCUUCCAUGGAUGCCAACAGUGACAACGAAGCAAAGUCCGUGUUGUAUUUGCUACGCUCCUCGGAGCCGUGUCCCGGCUGCGGUUGCCGCGUGCAACGCUCCGCGGACGCUGCAGGAUGCCCGUCGGUGACCUGCCCCGUGUGCAGGACUCCUUUCAAAUGCUACCACGUGCAGGGCGACCGCCCCGAGCCUUGUUAUCCGUUGACUUCUACUGCGAAGACCAACCUGUACCGUUUGCUGGGCGGUGCUUUGGAGGCAGCGGACGAGUUGGAGAGGGAGCGCCGUGAGUUGGCAGCCUUCCUGACGCAUGAGAUCUGUGGCCUGUGCGACGUCUUCACCGCUCUGGCCUGCGGCCGCGACAGCCCCUGCGUAAAGACCUGGUGGAUGUGA